AUGGUGCUGGGUCUGGAACCGGAGAAAGAAGAAAAAAGAGAAACCCACCUCAAUGCACCCCAUGAACGUUUAUCGUCCUACUACAUGCCUCUACCUCUAGCCAUCCGGAACCUCUUUCAGUCCAUCAAAAUCACCUCUGAGUCUUUGCAAACAUGGUUGGCCCAACCUAGAAUAGUCCUCGCCCCCGCGCCCUUUCACCUGGCUCAUCUCACUCAUCCUUCCAGGCUCUACUAUAAGCAUCCCGGCCUCAGGAGGAUCCUGGAAUCCCUACCUAAGCGAGCUCCUUCCCAUCCUACACAUCUUGGCCACAGUCCGUCACUACUGUCCCCUCCAGACUAUAAGCUCCUGAAGGCAAGGGCCGCGUCUUGUACCCCUAAAACGGAGCCCAGGAGAAAGGAAAGGCUCACUGCGCGGCCUCGGUGCUCAUCUGUAGCGGGGGAUCCUCAAACCCGCCCUCGUCAUCACAGCCUGGAUUACAACCUCACUGCCCCCACCCGGACCUCCCCGCGCGCCCCACCCGGCGAUGCGCCCACCUGCAGGGUCUCAGCGAAGCGCGGUCUCCCGCAGCUCUCCAGGCCCGAACCGAGGUGCCCGAAGACCCCGAGGGGGCUGCGGGAGCUGAUCUUGCCGCCCCACGGGCCUUAUAGCAGCCUCCGCGGUCUCCGCCUGGCCCCUCCGCUUCGCGGUACUUCCCAGCUUCCUGCCCCCAAACCCUGGGCGGGGCGCGCGCGCGCAUACGCCGGGGCAGGGAGGGGGGACUCGUCCUCUCAGAGUCCUGCGGCUCAGCCCCGGCGCCACCUCGCCAGGGAAGGGGGCAGCUGACGCCCCAGCCCCGCACGUGAUCCCCUCCCCGACCCCCCUAUGCUCCGGAAACCACAGUUACGCACCUGGGCGGGCAGCGACCACCCGUCGGUCCCCCUCUGCGGGACACAGAGUGAAUAGAGCGCGCCGCUCCCAGCUCCUGCCAGGGCGACCCCAAGCUGCAUUCUGAAAGGGAAAGCGAUUUGAAAUUUACUGAUGGCUGGAAGCUCGUGAUGCAGUUAUGUGCGGAGAUAUACUGGGAUUCCGGGAAGAGGCGAGAGAAUUUGGAGUUCCGUGCUUUUCUACUUACAGCCAGCAAAGGUAGAGUGGCAGAGUCCUAUUGCAGCGUAGGAAGGUGCUGAUGGAUCUUUGUUCCGCGCUCUUGUCUUAUAUUUAUGAGGGAUUCCGUUAGAACCAAAGUAUUUGUUCCAGAUGCCACAACUGAUCAACAGCCAACCUCGCCCUUGAACCCAGAUAGGGAACCAGGACUCCCGGUACCUGAGCUCUUUGCCACGCCUGGUGAUGGGGCGGUGGUGUCAGGGUGUGAGCCCCUCUUUCAUUCUGCUGCAAGGCCAGAAGCAGAUACUGACUCAGACUGGCUGGGGCCGUUGAUCACAACUUCUGGGGGUUCAGAGUCCCUGGUGGAGCAGAGACCCACACUUUUCUCAUCACCUCACUGUGCCAGUGGCACCCUUAGGCUGGUCACGGAGGCCCCGCCGUUGGAAGCAUUACAUGUUGACACCAUGAUGUCCAGAGGAAGAGAACAAAGCAAAUGGCUUCCUCGCUGAGGCAGGGAGCUUUUCCCGGGAGCCUUGUCCCUCGGCAGAUUUCCCUUCUGGUUUCAAAUUAACCAGAAUGAGUGCAUUCUCCUUAGGGCCUGAGUUAGGGUGAGGCAAGUGAAGUAACCAGGGCACAAAAUUUAAGGAAGCACAUACUCGUAUGCUCCAGCCCUGCACUUGCACGACCCUGCGAGUGAGCAUAUCCUCAAAAUGUGUGCCCCAGCUGCCUUGCUCUACCUCUUUCUUUAAAUAACAGCUUUAUUGAGAUAUAAUUCACAUACUAUAAAAUUCACCCUUUGAAAGUGUACAAUUCGGUGGUUUUUAGUAGAUUCACAGAGUUGCACAAACACCACCAUUUGUGAUUCCUGAACAUUUUCAUCACCCCCAAAAGAAACACCAUACCCAUUAGCAGCCACUCUCAAUUCCCCUAUCCCCUAGGCCCUAGCAACCACUCAUUCACUUUCUGUACCUGUGGAUGUACCAGCUGCAGUCAUUCAUACAGUAGGAUCAUACAUUUUGUGGUCUUUGGUGACUGCCUUCAUUUUACUUAGCAUAAUCUUUUCAAGCUUCAUUCUCUGGCUAAUUUUCCAUUGUAUGCAUUUAUUACAUUUUGUUUAUACAUUUUUUUGCCAUUUUUUAAAAAUUCAAUUUUAUUGGGAUAUAUUCACAAACCAUUCAGUCAU